CUAAUUCAUAAAAACAUCACGUGAGGUUUUUAUCUAGCUGAUCUCCUGAAGUAUGUGAUAAGGUUUUGGUAUAAAUAUUCGUGAAAUUUUUUAUUUUGGUAGAAAUUUAUCACUAUGAAAGUCGUCAUUAUCCUCGCUUGUGUUGCUGCCACAGUUUUUGCCGCCCCAGGGAAUAACGGCAGUUGGCGUAUUGUUGGUGGUGAUGGAGAUGCAGGUACCGCUCCUCACACCUCUCCUUACCAGGUCUCCCUCAGUAUCAACGGUGCACAUACUUGUAGUGGCUCCAUCUUGGAUGAUAGCACCAUUUUAACCGCUGCUCACUGCGUUGUGGGCUUCUGCGAUGAGGGCUCUGACCCUACCUUAAUCAAAAUCGCUGCUGGUAAAAACAAACUGUCCGAGCUGGUUUAUAACAACAAGGGUAAAUCUGUCAUCUGUCAUGAGGAUUAUGAUAGUUGGGACAUCAAGAACGACAUUGCCAUCAUCAAACUUGAAACAGCCCUAACGUUAACAGCUGAUAUCCAAGCGGUUCAACUUCCCCGAACUGACAUCAUCAACGAAGAAGUCACCUUUUAUGGUUGGGGCACUACCGAUAACUCUAGUAUCCUCUCCGAUGCUCUGAAGUACAUCACUAUGAAAACCAUCUCCGUCAAGGAUUGUAUUGACAAAAUGCCUGAUAAGGUAGGUCCUACUGAGGUGUGCGCCAUUGCCGGGACUGGUAAGGGAGCUUGCCAUGGUGAUGCUGGUGGUCCAUUGCUUGCCUCCGAUGGCACAGUUAUCGGUAUUGUCUCCUGGGGAAUUCCUUGUGCGGAGGGAUACCCUGAUGUCUUCACUCGUGUCUAUUCCUUCUUGGACUGGAUCGAAGAAAACCGCAAUUAAAUGAUUCUCUUGUAAUGUUGCAAUAAAUACCAAGUAAAUUGUU